AUGAGAUGGCUAGUAAUUUUUUUGUCAACUGCAAUUGUGCUCGUUUCAACUCUCUUAAUAGUCCUGCUAUUGAAGAAGCCCUUGCAAGUUGGAAGAACCUUCGUUUGGAGUAACUGCGUCGUUUUUUCCCUAUCUAUCAGUACAAAAAAGCUGACCAUCAGUGAAAUCCUCGUGGAUAUAAAAUGUAAAAAAAAAACGCUUCAAGUACAUUUGAACGACGUAAAAUUUGUUUUUGCAAAAUGGUCCAUUCGGUGCCAAGUAGGAAAUUUUUUUCUGCACGGUACAUGUGAAAAUGGAAAAAAAGAAGAGAGAAAAAAAAAGGCCGUUUUUUUUUCGGACCCCUCCAAAAAGGGAAAGAAAAGUAGCGAUGAUGCUUCUAACAGAGGGAAGAAGCUUCUCUUUUGUGUGGCCAAGUUAUUUCUCUUCAUGUUGAGCUUAAUAGAUGUUCACAUAGAAAGGUGCCACUUGCUCCUGCAAAAAAGUAUGCAACAGGGUGGGAAGCAAUGUGCUGAUGAAAAUGAGACCACGGAGGAGAAGCGGGAUAGGCAAAAGGACUCAACAGAUGGUGCCACGAAGCAAAGGAGGAAAGAGAACUUUAUCACGGCAGCCAUCGAAGCAGUUCUGUCAAAUGUGCACAUAACGAAAAAUAGAAAAAUAGAAACCAUUUCGUCAUUUUUCGACUUGGAGAAAAUUUCCAUUUUUUGCAACGACCGCUCGGCAUGCACCAUUUCGUCUGGGAGUUUCCGCACAUGCUACGAUCACCAGCUGAGGAGUGUUUCCGUGGAGGGGGUGUUCAUCCUGCGCAUUUAUUUUUAUUUAAACUGUUUGUACGAAUUGGUUUUUUUUUUUUUUUCAACUAAUAAUGUGUAUUGUGAGGGGGGGUCCAAAAAAUGGAAGACAUCUCCUCAGCUGUGUAACCGUUUAGGCAAUUUCAUCAACAGAGUUACUUUGCACAUGGAGAUGGUGAAGCUGUACAUGAAGGAGAAGGACACAACCCCGUUUUUGUGUAUCUUGACGGAUGACCUUUCUUUGGAAAAAGAGGGAACCCCCAAUUUAGUUCGCUCAAGGGUAAAACGUCUCCACUUGUUAUCCGUCGAGGGUGGGAGGUGUUACGUUUCGACUGCGUAUGAUGUGAGCGCUUGUGUGGAAGUGGGCCCAAGUGGAAGGAGUGGCAACAAUGGGAGCGACCUAUCCGCCUUCACUCAGGGGGGGAGUACCCAUGGGGAGGUAGCCCGCCCUACAAACAACUUUACAUCGGCAGAUGCCAAAUUGAAGAUUCAAAUUGAUUGUGAAAAAUUAUUUAUGAAUUUAUGUUCGGUGUGGCCUCUGAUUUAUUUUAAUUUUGUGAAGAAUUUUUUUGACCUCUUCCAGGUGGCAAAGGAAAAGGAUAGGUCUGCCAAGUUACCCAGAAGGGAAGGCCAAGAUGGACGCUACAAAGGGGGGGCAACUCCUAACGGGGGGGAAGACAACGAAGGGGCGACCUACCCACAUAAUGCCAACAGUUCGGAUGAGAGGAAAAAGGGAAAAUGUAAAAUGAAGGGUGAAAAGGAAAGAAGCGCCGCUAACAAGAAGAAUUUUACCCUUAACCUAUGUGCAAAUGAUAUAUGCUGCAAAUUUCGCAACAGCGGCAAUUUAGUAGUGAUCGAUUUGGACCCCUUAGAUGAAGGUUUUGCAAAAACGUUUGUGUUAACUUCCAACCGGUUUAACCUCCACUUAGAGAAGCGCUCAUUCCUUCUUGCUCUGCAAAACGUCGAAGUUUUUAACUCGAAUGGAAGAUUUACCUGCCUCGUUCAUAAUUUUACCAUUUGCAAAACACACAGGGAGUAUUUUUUUGAAGCAAAAAAUGUUUUCUUUUAUUUCCCCCCGAUGGAGUUACUAACGGUGGGGGUAGUUAACUUUGCGUUGGAGUGUCUGAGAGAGGCAAGCCACUCGACAUUUUUGCGGGCGCAUCAGAGGAAGAGCCGAAGGCGCGCACGGAAGCUGACCGUAUCGAUUUUGCACCUGCGCGCGGAGUCGAACAGGGCCCAAGUCCUCUCCGCUACCCUAAAAAUUGUCGUCUCCAAAAACGUGGUGUACGUCAUUUCGGAGCAGACGACCCUGUGUGGCCGUAACUUCACCCUCGCCUGUGAUUAUCUAAACGUGUGUAAUGAAAAAAAAGAGAGUAACUUCACUUUUAUUCGGCUGGACACCCCCACUGUGUCUUCAACGUUUGAUGAUCAUUUUUUGGAGCUAUUAAACGAGGUACACAGGGUGGUGCGUUUUAUUUCCAUUUUGGUAAAGAGAACGAAAGGAGGAGGGAAUCCCGUGGGGGAGAACCUCCAUUCUGCUGCUGGCCCUGAAGGGAAGGUCAAACCUCAAGCGAACAGAAAAAUUCCCCUCAAAAUUCACCUCAAAAUUCACCUCAAAGUAGAGCACCUCACAGUUGUCGAGAUGACCAAGGGAGAGGGAAAAAAAGCAAAGAGAUGCAUGAGUGACGUCACCAUGUGUAAAAAGAGAGUGUGGAAAGAAAAACAUGUUGGAAGGGACAAAGGGGAAUCGCGAACGCGUUUGAGGAUUUUCCCCUCCCGAAGGCAUACACAUUUGGGGUAUCUAAAGAACACAACGAUGUGUAGAAGCAAAGGCCCAUGGAGGAGUGGGAUGCCCAGUUGGGGCAAAAGGGAGAGUGGCCUCUCAUUCGUAAAGGGGAAAAGGCUAAUUGGCAAUUCAGCCCUAUUGGAGGUCCCUAAUUGGGGCUAUCCUCAGAUUGGGGGUAGCUAUAAAAAGGGUCCCCCCCUCUGUAGGGUUCUCCCAAUUGACGAGUCAAUUUUGUCUGAAAGGAGGCCUCCCUGUGGUUCUCCCCCAUGCAGCCAUGGAUUUGCAUCAAAUUGGGCAAAGGGAGGAAAUGCCCAGGAUGUAACCGGUUCUGCAAAAGUGAAGGGGAAUACAAAGGGGAACUUUAGAAGGAGAAGAAGAAACCACAGAGGAUACAUCAACAGGGGGGAUUCUACCCCGAAGGAGAGGCGAAGAAAAUGUCGAGGGAGGGGAAAACUCCUUUCAAAUCAAACACAUCCACCGCGUAUGUACCGUUGUACUCAUCUACGUUGGUGCAGCCAGAGAAAAAAAUCCCCAACGGGGGAAAAGGCAAAACGUAUGUUUAUGCAGAAAAAAGGACUGGUGAAGGGACUGUUACUAAUUGAUGGGGUAGACGUGCAUAAGGAGGAAGACAUGGGAAUGGCACAGCUGGAUAAGACCUACGCCUUCCUUUUUAAAAACAUUUCCGAAUUUAAGUUACCCCACUUUUUGCGUACGUUAGAAUUUAUUAGGGCUCAAAAGGAGGACCAAUUUUUUACCCUCAAUUAUUUGAUGCCCCACGUUUGGGAAGAAAUAGCUUUUUGUUUCUUCACAGAUAGGAUUCAUAUGCUUAGAGAAACGCAAACGGCAAGCUCUUCCCUCUCUCUAAGUAGGUCAAAGGUACUCUUCGCGGGUGCCAAUUUGAACAUCGCCGUGGCGUAUGUGAUGAGGAAGAUGAGCUUCUGCAGGGAGGAACGCACACAUGUGAUGUGGCUUGAAAAAGGGGGCAAUCGAAAAAAGGAAAAUAUUGAUGCUGGAGGAAACGUCUCCAGUGGAGCUGCAUCUGUCUGUACCGCUAACCCCUCUAGAACUGUCAUUCAUUGCACUUUUGUGGAGCUUCAUUUUUUUUCCGAGUAUGUGUGCACCUUCACUCUAUCGUGUAGAAGCUUAUCAGUCGUGAUGCAGCGACGGGGAGAAGAAGGAGGGAGGUACCCUUUUGCCGACGUAACCGCUCGCAACUUUUUGCUGGCCUAUGGAUUUUUCUCAAAUGGAAAAGUGGGUAAUUCUCUUUUUACACAAAAAGAGAAUGCAUACGUUUGCAGGCGAAUUUUUAGAAAACUUCAAUUGAGGGAGAGGAUUCUACGUUUGUCUAUAGGAGAAACAAACCGGGUGAAGGAGCUGCUGUACGUGGCUUAUGCACGUGGGCAGGCAUUCUCUCGCGGUGGCAAGGGAGACCCAGCAGAAGAUGAAACAGAACCAGCAUGUUGUGUGCCGAACGUUAGGUACCUCACUUUGAACAUAACACUCGUAGGGAAAACGGAAGAGGAGGGAGUGAUAAACUGCAAUAUUCUUCCGCAUCAAAUUUUGUUCCUCCUUAAUAUGAUGAGAAAGGCUAACUCGUGUGGUGACUCCCUCUCCAGUGGGUUACGCAACUUCUUCAAAAGUUCCCCUAAGGAGCAGCGCAACAUGAGGGGCAUACCUGGAGAGAAGAACCGAAUGAACGUUAAACUCAAUUUGGAGGCAACGAACCUCCAUCUGAAAUUUUACUUUUUGAGAUUAUUCCUAAAAAGGGUAACUCUCAACAGUUGCGAAGGGGAAGGGUUGGUCCAUCUGUUUGGAAAAAAAAGAGGACACCCACGUAGCAGCACUUCCAAGACGGCUGACGACACGAUCUGCUCCUUUUCAAUUGACAGUUUUGUUCUCUCCUUCGAAGACGCAGUCGACAGUUCGUUUAGCAAAAGAGAAGGUUUCAUUUUUAUGAAUGACGUUCGGAAUUUCCCCCCCUCGAUUUUCUUCCAUUUGUUUGGACGCAUGCCGCCGCUGUACUGCCCCAUCGCAAGCAACGUCCUCCGGCACUUGGAAGUGCGCAGAAUGGAAGUCCUCAUAAAGCGGAAGGAGCGAACAUUUGUCUCCAUUGACAGUGUCACCAUGUACAUAAACGACCAAACGAUAGAGAGGUUGAAUUUUGUGUUUGAGAAGGGAAGGAAAAUCUUCAGUCUGUUAAGCGGGUCUUGGGGAGGACCCUUGGGAAGAGACCAGAACUCCUCACACUGCAAUCGGGAGAGGUCAUCCAUCUGCUACUUGAAAAACUUUGAAAUAAAUUUCCACAAAAUGGUGGAAGUUAAAAAUAGAAAGAGUAGGAACAGUAAUGGUGGGAAAAAGGAAAAAAAAAAAAAUAAUUUUCUCCUCGAAGAUAGUUUCAUCUGUGCUAGUGAGAAGGUCCAGGGGAAGGAUCAUCCCAGGCAGGAUGGCAGCCACACGGGGGUCAAUCCUGUUGAGGAGGGAAAGAAAAAACUUUCCAAUUAUCUCUUUGAAAGGAAAAUUCACUUUUUGAAGAGGAGAGGGGGGGAGGCGGCAAAGCGUGCCACGAAAGACAGAGAGGAAUGCGGCACGGAUUUAUGCACAGAGGGGAUUCCUCCAACAGAACAAAGGGAAGCACGCCCCACCCAGCGGGAGGACCCCCUCCUCGACGUACACACGAAAAUGUUGCAAAGAUUGAGAAGGUUGAGAAGGUUGAGAGGGUUGAGAAGUGACCCAAAUGGGGAAACACCCGGCAAAUUUCACUACUAUAACCGCAUGAUUCACCCCUUUUACUUUUUGCCUGCCCAAAGUAGCGCAGCCCCCUGUUCGUAUGCAGAAAGGUAUGAAGACGUCUGCAAAAAUGUUCCUUUCAAUUAUGUCGAGUGCGAAGAUCAGCUUUUGCUUUUCCUGCACAAAACAAUUAUCAAAUAUAUGAACAGUUCAGGUGAACAGAGCGUUUCCUUUUUUCUGAAAAGUUUGUCUUCCUACUACAUCAGUUCGCAUCAUUUAUUUAGUAUAAAUAAACACCGUGGCAGGAAGGGGGGGGGAGGAAGCAAUGGAGGAUACACCAUCCACAACAGGAUCAAGGAAAAUAUGACCUGUGCAGGCGAAAAUAACUUAAGCAACGAAUUAAUGAUUGCCAAUCUGCACGAAAGGGAGACAUACGAAAGGUUGGAGAGGAAAAGGAGAAGAAAAAAAAAAUCCACCCACUUGGAAGAGGUAAAAACAAAUGGGGAGGAAAAAAAAAGAAAAAGAGCGGUUCCUUAUGAUAAUGCGAGUUUACCCCCUGCGCGGAACGAAAAACAUUUUUGCUCGAACAAAUCAACUGCGAAAAUGGAAGGGAGCAACCAAUCCACAUUCGAGUUCGCCAGUAGCUCCCACAGCAAUGACGAAAGUGUGAAGGGAAAAUGGAAAAGCGCGUCACAUGAUAAUGUGAGCAAAGUGAACGAAUUAAGGAAAAAAAUGAAGCUGUUUUUUUGUCUACCCAAUAAGAACGAAACGCUGUCCCCCUUUCUGCGCGCAAAGGAGUUAAACGUUGUCAUGCGGAGUCAUCGCGGGGGGAAGCAACGCAUCGAUAGCAGUAUCGGUGGGAGCGGCAGCGAAGGGGGCGAAGCAAAUUCGCAGGGAAAUGAAGUGGGUGGUGUGGGUGAAGUGGGGGAGGUAUCCGUAUACCUCGACUACCUCAUCCUGCUAUUUAACAAACGAGUGGUGGAUUAUUUUUUUUACCUCACCAGCAAGAUGGUUAAAUAUUACGAGGGAAGGAGGGGAGGAGUGAGCAAUGAGGAUGGACUUCCCCCUGGGGGAGGAAGCGGAAGAAAUGGACGCCAGCGGAUCAGCAGCAAAAAUGUCUUGUCCUUGGCAGAAAGUUAUUCACAAUUCUUAUGCUCUAGAAGUAAUUUUAAAAAAUGUACCAUCGUGGAUGAUUUAAAAAAUGGCUAUUCCUUCAACUUUGCAAUGAACACAAUUGCCGUCGAGUUUAUAACGCGCGACUACACCAGCUACGUAAUUUUCCUACGGGGCGUACACGUUUUUUUGAAAAAAGAAGAAAUGACUUCCCUGGGGGUGAAUGUGAAUGACUUUUGCUUGGAAAAAAUAAAAAAUCUGAAUCACGUUAAGGUAAUUUCGGUGGAUAAGGAUAGCCAGAAUGCAGCCCCCAAUUGGGUGAACGGCAGGAAAAUUUUCACCUUCCCGAUAAAUGGGCAAAAUGACGCGAAUAACUUAUCAAGCGUUUUCUCCCUGCGGCUGAAGUUUUUUAAAAUUUUUCUUUUUCAAGAGUGGAACGUUGUCCAAAAAUUAAGGAUAAACCUGUGCGACGUGAACCUGCGCAUCGACAGGAGCACCAUGCAGGACUUUUCCCUGCUGAAGCGUUUUUUGGCAAAGAAACGGAAGGAGAAAAAAAAGUCGGAAAAGGGGGAGCGUGAGAAGAAGAGGGGCACGAAAUACUCCAGCUACUUGUAUGUGCACCUUUUGGAAGUAUCCCCCCUUUUGAUUAAAGCGAAUAUACAAGGCUCGCACGAAAUGAAAAAAAAAAAAAAAAAAAAUAGCAAAAUGGCUAGCUGUAUAUACCCGUGUAACUCCCCAAUUUGCUGCCUCGUUCAGGCGAAUGUGUCGCCUUUUCAUUGGCUAGUCGGCACUAUUCACCCGUUUUGGAAAAAAAAAAAUAUUGCAAAUUAUGACUUUUUUUUUUUUAUGCACAAUUCAGAAUGUGAAGUUGAACAUAAAUCAGUUCAGAGAGGAAAAAAAAAUGACCUAUUUGAAGAAGACGUUGAAGAAGUACAAAAGGCACAUUUUGAAAAGUGUAAUAAAACAAAUCGUGGAAAAAAACGCGAAAAAAGGGAAAAAAAAAAGAGAAAAAAAUACAAAAGGGAAAGGGAAAGGGAGAGGAAAACAUGCACACGUAGGGGGGGCCCUAAUUACGCGAAGAUUUUUGGACUUCCUAAAAUGGGGGAAAACAAACUCGCGCCGAGCCAAGGACACGGCUGCCGAAAAAUAGGGGUGGAAUCCACGUCGAAUACUUUUACUUUUUGUUUUUUUUGA